GUCAGGAAUAAUCUGCCAAGCAAAAAGAAGCAGACGCGUUUACUUACCAGCUGAGUCAAAUAAUUGCUGGAAGCGCACAGCUUUUCGUCCCAAACCAUUGCAGGUUUCAACCUCAAAAUUUGAAAUGCGUGAAUGUCCUCAGCAAUCUGGUUCAGCUGAAGACAACAACUCUUCCAGAUCAAUGGAAUCUGAUUCAUCUGAAAGUGAUUCUCAAGGUCCAGAUAGAGUUCAAAGGGAAACACAACUUUCAGAUGCUGCUAUCCUUGUGUCAACUCAACCAAGUAAUUCAGGGAAGUAUGAUGGGCAACCUGGAAACAUGAACGGGAAGGGGAAUCAUGAACUCAAUAACUUGUCUGAUGUUCCUCUUAAACACCUGACUGCAGCUGAGUUUGGGAUACAGAAAAGGGUGCAUAUAGGAAAAGAAAACAUUUGCAAUCUAACCAAAAGGCAACUCGAUGUGAUUGAUGUAAAGAAUUAUGUCAAAUUCAAAAAAAGGAUACAUAACAAUGGUGAAACUUUGACUUCAAGUGCAGCUUUAGCUUAUCAUAGUAUAACUGAAUUAGACACAAAACCAGGGGAAAAUUCAGUUUGGGUGGCCAAUACGCUGUCUCAAUCAACUCCAGUUUAUAUUGGCUUUAGUAAUAGGAUGGAAACAACAUUAACAGAUGUGGAGUUGAAAGUCCAAGCAAGUUAUCGAGAAGAUCAUGUCCCUCUGGUUUCUCUAAUGAGUGGCUUAAAUAGGAAGGCAAUAGUAGGGCACCCGAUUGAUAUUGAAGCCUCAGAUGACGGUUCUUCAGAGAUCCUUCUUGCUAGAAAACAUGAAAUUGGCCACAAGUUGUUGGAUAACAAUGGGAGUACCAUGCUUCGGCCAGCUUGGAGAACUUCUAGAAGGACUCGUGUGUGUUAUGUCCCACAAUCCCAUACUCCUCCCACUCUGAAUGAUGCUAAAUAUGCACAAGCUUAUCAAAAUUCUGGUCAUUUAAGUCUCAAGGCAGGGGCAAACAGUUUGCAACCAACGAAAGACAUUCCAAGGAAACCUAACUUGGUUAACCUGAAAACAAGAACAAUCUCUUCAUUUGACACUGAACAGAAACUUGGUGGCAAUGAGGGUGAUCUUCAACCCAUCAGCCAGGGCUGCAUGAUAGACAGACAACUGAAGGCAAAAGACAUGCCUACCAGAGUUACAUGUGUCCCUGUAAAACUAAUUUUCAGCAAGUUACUGGUUGCGGUUGGUAGGGUGCAAUCUUGAAUAGAACCUUUUGGAGUUAUUAACUUAUGGCAGUAUAGAAGGAAAGCCUGUUAUAGUAUACAAAAAUCUGUGGUUGUAUAGAAUCAUAUUACAUUCUAGUUUUUAUCUGCUAAGUAUAGGUUAUGGCUCUUAAUUUGAGAGAUAUCAGGGUUCCAUUAUUGGGUCUUGUUUGGGCAUACUUAGUAGAGCAUCCUCUGGGGAAUUUGUAUGUAUGCAUGCAAGUUGGAAUUUUCAUCUAAAUCCCAUUCAAUGUGAUCUGUUUUGUAGCUUUUGUUAUCACC